AACCACGUUUCACUGGCACCACGGCACCGGCGGCAGCAUCACAGCCAGCUUUCACCUGUCAAGGUGGCUGGACCCCUGGCCGCCCUCUCCUUCCCCAUCGCUGUCACUCCAUUCAGCGAGUGACAGAACCAACACCAGCCCCUCAACCCAGCCCUCCACCCUCUACCGUCCACCCUGCCACACCCCCAGCCAGCACGUUACCUGUGACGGUUCCGGUUCACCUUCCAUCCGCCACUGAGCCAUCUUUCUGUCGUCUCCGCAGUCUGCCGGCUGUUCUCCGCGCUGAGAUGUCUCCUUCUGGCUGCUGGGGCCUGCCCGUGGCCCUUCUGGCCCUGCUCUUCUGCCCAGGGUCCGCCGAGGAGUUCGAAGUGAGGAUAUACCCAGAGCAGCUGGUGGUGGAGCACGGAGGGUCCCAGGUGAUCAACUGCAGCACCACCUGUCCCAGGCCUAAUACCGGCGGUAUGGAGACCAACCUCAAUAAGACUUUGCUGGUCAAAGAAACUCAGUGGAUACAGUACGAGGUCUUCGGCGUCUCCCAGAACACGGUCCUGCAAUGCUACUUCACCUGCUCCCAGAAGCAGUUGUCGGCACACGGCAACAUCAGCGUGUUUUACCCUCCAAAGGAGGUGCUGAUGACGGUGCAGCCCAUUUGGGUGACUGUGGGCGAGUCCUUCAUCAUCGAGUGCAGGGUGCCCGAUGUGGCGCCCCUGGAGAAACUCACCCUCACCUUGUUCCGUGGCAACGAGUCCCUGCACCAGCAGACCUUCGAGGGGGCAACAGCCGGCCCGCAAGAAGCCAUGACCACGUACAACAGGACGGCCCACAGGGAGGACGGGCGCUACAACUUCUCCUGCGAGGCCAAACUGGACCUGAAGUCUCGUGGUGGGACAGUCAUUUGCAAAAAAUCCAAGUCCCAGGGGCUCGAGAUCCAUGAGCCCAAGCCCGACAAGCAGAUGGUCAUCAUCAUCGCGGUUGUGUCAGUGCUGCUGUCGUUGUUUGUGACAUCCGUCCUGCUGUGUUUUGCCUUCGGCCAGCAAUGGCACCAGAGGCGAAGAGGCAGUUAUGGGGUGCAAUCGGCUUGGAGGAGACUGAGACGGGCCUACCGCGCAUAGUCUGCCUGUGGAGCAUGGCCUCCGCCAUGACAGCCACUGGGACUCAAUGUGGCUCCUCAGGGUUGCGGUCCAGCCCUGGCUGAAGGACAUUGACAAGCAGCAGAGGACUUUGGGAACAUUUUCUCUUCUCAUCUGAAUAUAAACACCUGGACUUAA